CAUCCCACUUUUCCCAAAAAUGGGAUACAACUACUUGAAGCUAACUGCCGCUGGGUCUCUUGUACGUUAUAACCCCAGUAUUUUUCGAUUUUUCCGCAAACGCGAUAAGAGACGGGUUUCUUAAAUAGAUAAACCGAAGCAAUCGCGAGAGCAGUACAAGCUUAUCCAUAUUGGUGUGUCUUUCUAGUCGCAUUCUGCCAGAACACGUGGAUUAUGCAACUUCGGUCGCGGUGAUGGCAAGCGAUAAAUCGGUUGAGGGAAAAUAUUUUAUGGAUGUGCAUCCACGACCAUCCAUCAGACGCGCAAACGCGGAAGAAAAAGAUGACUUGAUGAUCAAACCACGUUCUAAUCAAACAUCUAGCAUAUUUCUUGCGAAAAGUUUAAAGGCGGCUCCAUUCCUGGCCUCGGACGCUACGUGUGUCUCUAAAACAGAUCCGCCGGAACUAAAGAAAACAACUUGCUCGCCUCAGAUAAAGACGAGAACGGGCGGGCUGGUCCAAAGGGAGGAGGAAACGUCAACGGUGAAGUUGGGAAUUUCGAGCCAAGGACAUCAUAAAAUGCCAGUGUCGACGAGAUCGCAGGCCCAUGAAUUAAAGAGAGAUGUCACAAACAGCAAGGAAACAAAUGCUGAAAGAAGAAAAACAGAUACUAGCUAUGUGCAGAAGCCAAUACCACAGAUGAAAAUGUGUCAGAAAGACAGUGAAGAUAGCUCAUACAGUUUGGAGGAAGACUCUGAAGAGGAUUCAAAUGAAUUUGCGAAGGGUGAUGCUCAUUGUCAUCGAAUACCAGAUCUUCAGGUAAGGGAAAUUAAAAGCAGAAGAAGAAAUCCAAAUAAAGAAUAUAAUCAAGAAAAAGAAGCUCCACAGACCAUUAUAAAACAAGCUGGUUUUAAACAACAAGAGUUCAGACAGAGUGGCACUUGGAAAGUAAAGGAGGAUGCAGUUACGCAAUCUAACAUCCAAGCGCAAGUAGACAAUUGUAAAAAGUACUUGGCUCUUAUAAUAUGUACAGGAAUUUGCAUUUUGCUUUUCAUGGUAGUUUUGUAUGGAUUGGGUCAAUACGGCUAUCAAAACAAAACACCUGUGACAAAUGGCAAAGACAGCAUUCAUAUUUUUCAAAUGAAGUUUGAAGAAUUGAAGUCGACUUUUACUAACCAGAGAAAUGAACUGUGGAGAAGAACCAAAAUUCUCCUAGAAAAAAAACUUAAAACUUCUGUACAUACUGGACCAGUCAGCAUGAUAUUAACCUCUGGCCAUAAUGCACAGAAGACUCUUCACUGUCUUGCUGACUACCUUGCCAGAGUUUAUUCUUCAAGUUUAAAUGCAAGCUUUUCCCAGAUUGAUGGCUCCAAUAUGUCAUCUUUGGACAGCGAUCAAGUUAAACUUCAAAUAGAUGGAGAUUUAACUAUUGGCUUUGAAAGUAACAAGACCUUUGUAGUUAUUAGAAAUUUGGAAGAGCUUCCUCCAGGUUCAACUUUAAUUUUUUACAAAUACUGUGAUCAUGAAAACGCAGCCUUUAAAUCUGCAGCUCUUAUUUUCACAGUCCUAUUGCAAGAGGACAGCUUAGACCCAGCAAUGACUUUGGACACAGUAGAGGAGAAGGUUAGAGAUUAUCUUCAAGAAAGGUUUCUUACCUUUAACCAGCCCGCAGCAUUUGACCGAAUGGAUAGCGACAAGCUGGGAGGUCUGUGGAGUCGCAUUUCACAUUUGGUUCUUCCUGUUGCUGAGGAGAUGCACAUUGAAAAACAUGGCUGUGAUUUGUAUAACACGAAAUAAAUGCACUUUUCUUGAUCUUUUUUAAAAAAAAAAAAAUAUGCUGUAUAUUUGCAUUGUGUUUUACUGUUAUGUUUUAUAUAACAGAAUAACUCCCCAUUAAAUUUAAGUUCUCAUCUCUACCAGUAAUCAAACAGUAUUUUUGAGUAAUCAUUCUGCACUUAAUACCACAGUUAAAAAGUACAUUUUAAAAAGGAUGAUUUUAAGCUUGUAUGUUUAUACAAAUAAAAGUGAUCAUCAAAUAUGUUGAUAGUCUAUAUUUUAUAUAUUUUGUCAUUAACAGUUAUUAUAACUUUCAACUACACUCAUAUGCUUAAGUAAACCUCAAGUGGAAAAUUAAUUUUCAAAAUUACCAUUACUGGCUGUUUCAGUUUUCUAGUCAUAAUUUAAUAAGCCAUUAUUAUGCUUGUUACCCCCAACUCUGUCAGUAAAUUUAAAAAAUGCCAUUGAUACAAUGUAAAAAGUCAUCAUUAAGCCUGUUACCCCACUGUGACAGUAACAUUUACUAUUAACAAUUUCUUUCUGGAAUUUCCUAUAUUAAUUGCAUAGAUUGUUAAACUUCAUUUAUAAUAAUAGUAAUAAUAAUUCAUUACAUUUAUAUAGUGCUUUUCUCAGUACUCAAAGCGCUAUCCAUAUAAUUUAAUGUCUCUGAAUGUAACAUUGUAUGAAGCACAGUCUGCUACAAAGAGAUUUGUUAAAAAGCAGCCAUAAGAAGUGUGUUUCACUUGCUUUAAUAACGAGACUCAGUGGUGUUCAGUAAACUGACAGUAAAUUUGUCUGUUAUAAUUUGCACGUAAACAUUGUUAGUUUGUAAUCCACAAGUUUUAAUAUUGUGGAUUGACCAUAAUACUUAUUAGUGGUAUAAAGAAAUUUCAGUCUGAAACUGUCUAUAAUUAUGUGAUACAGAUUGCAACUAUUGUUUCCUGCAUCAUAAGUAAUGCAUAAUUUUGAAAAGGUUAUGCCCACAAAGCUUUAGAUUGUGUGAACAGAUUAGAUUAUAUACACCAAAUAAAACAAAGUAAAUUUCAAAUUGAUAAUUGGUAUUUUGGGGCAGUUUACUUCUUUUUGCAAAUUUUACUUUAAAAUCAAUGAAUCUAAUGCUGAUUUUAUGAAGAUAAAUAAAAAUUUUAAUAUAUGGUUA